AUGACACAGACCACGGAUUAUAUUGACUACAGAUCACAACCUGUGGAGCACUCCAGUCUGGGAUUUGAACCGGCUCGUGCGUAUGUCGCCUUGGCUGAGAAAAUGUUAAUCUCCGAGGUGUCAGGGUCUUCGGGACCACGAUUCGGAGGACUUGCUGCUGGGACUUCAGCUCGCACCCAGCAAACCGCUCAAUGA